AUGAAUUCUAUACGAGAUACGAUCUCGCGUAUAGGACGAUCAGCACGGCAGAUCAAAUCGUUUACAAAUAACCAUGUUUCUGCAUCAAAGGUGAAACCUCUGACCAAGGAUCAAUCUUCAAAAAUCAUCAAUAGACCUAAUUCAAAGCAUAUCGAAGAUCCCCAACAAUACUUGCAUAAAUACCAAACAAAACUAUAUCGAGAUUUUCUAGAGCCCUUAGGGAUACCCAAUUUAAAGAUUUUUAACGACGAUUUGCCCAAAUACGAUGACGACACUGCUAUCCUCAAUUGGACUCGAAAGUCUAACUCUAAGCAGAUCAAUGUAUUUUUAUUGCAAGAUAGGAUGCUCUUCGAGAAGAUGAUGGAUACAUUGAUUCUGCUUACACCUAGCAAGUUAAGGGGGGCGAACAAGGAUAAUGCACUUAGUAAGAACCAUUUGCUACACCAACAGGAACAUGAAAGUAGUAGGAUGCAGAGCUCAUGGCCAACAGAUUAUUAUGAGGAGGUACCACCAAUACCACAACCCUUAACAAAGCAAAGCUUUCAAGAGUAUAUUUAUGUCUUGACUCAUACUCGAUUUCAUUAUAAGAACUCACUGUCCCUCUCUAGUGGAAUCAUUGCUGAGAUCUUACUCUACACCCAUAAGUUGACCAAUGAGGAGUUCAGGCCAUAUAGGUCAGUGCAUACGUAUAAUUAUCUCAUUAAGUACUUUGGGUUUGACAAGCACCAGAGUUCGUUUGCAAGAGAGUUGUUAUUGGUCAUGAAUAAGGAUGGCCAUAAACCUAAUAUCGACACAAUCAACAAUCUAUUGAAAUUGUGUCAAAUACACUCCAGAAUUCGUUCUAACACCAAUACAUACCAGAUAAUCAUGAAGUACUUGAAGUUGUGUCGAGAUUUGAACAUUGAAAUCAACCUUUCUACAUACAAUAGGGUCUAUGACGCUAUUAACAACAUUUUCUUAAGGGAGAUAUUUCUUACCAAGAUCCAGCUGAUUGAUCUUUUGAUUCUGAAAAAUUUAAUUAUUAAAAUUCUCGAUGAUUUUGCUAGCACCACCAAAGACACCACAGAAUUGAUAAAGUUCAUCAAUACAGAUUUGAAUCAAAAGGCAUGGCAUGACGACAGUAAACUCUUGAACAAAGUCAUAUAUCAUAGGGGGCUUAAUUUGAGGCCCCUCAACAAUCUCCAAGAUAAUGGAGAGCUUGAAAAAUUGUGGUUAUUUGUGGGGGCAAGCAAUCUUGCCAUCGAUCAAUAUACACUCAAGGCAUUGAUCGAAUCAAUUAGGAAAAAUAACCACAUAACUCACAACAAGCCAUACUUGAUGUUGAGCAUCUACUUUAAUUUAGUACCCAAGAUACAGGGCCCUGUUGAUUCACCCAGAAUCUACAAGGAUAUGAUUGAGGAGAUGAUUACCUCGGCUGACCUCAAGUGUUCGGCUUUCAUGAUCAAGGGAAUGAUACAUGAGGCAACCAUGGCGUUAAAAUUGCCACGAGAAAUCACUCAUUAUGAUAACGAGAAGCAAAGCAUGCCGGAAAAUUACAAGAUAAUCAGGAGAAUUGUUGGCGAUAGAAUGGAUGUAAUCGAAGCCAAAAUCGAGUAUUCGAACAAGUAUAGCUCAAAGAUAGCACCACUACACACGGAGAUGACGCAACAAGAGAAGAUCAAAUGGGAUGAAAUGAAAGCAAUGUUGGCAAUCCGUCCUACACACAGGCUUCUGGCGAUCCCACCUCAGGAGAUAUUGGACUUUUUGGGGGAUCCGGAAGAAGUGGAAGUACCCACCGAUUACAUUCUUCGCUACAAAAAGAUCCAACGGAAAAAAUACCAGGGCGCCCGAAUCAAGGCCAGAGAGAACAAGAUCACAGAAGGGAUCGACAAGCACACCCGCAACCACAUGAUAGAGCGGAGCAUCCUAGCUCGUGCGCUUUGA